CGGAUUGUGAUCGUUUGUGAACAUUUCUUUCAAGUGGAAUCAUCAAAAGGUGAGUUGGGUUGAUUGAUAAUGGAUCGCCAAGUGAUUUCAGACCGUGACAACAGAGAAACUAGAGUGAUUCUCGCAGAAGACAUUGAAACAAGUAAAGAGAGCAAGCAAGACCAUGUGAAAGAAUGGGGUGACCCUUUUGAGCAAAUAGAACUAGAAGAAGCCAAUGAAGACAGAGCAUAUCAAUUGUCCAGAGACAAAAGUGCUUUGGAAAGUCUAGGCCCCCCUCCCCAAGUUCGACUAUAUGGAUUUCAGGCUACUCCUAAAGCUAUAUUGAUUGUAUUGACUGCAGUGGCAACUUUGAGUGCCUUUUUAUUGGGUCUGGACCUGACUACCAUCAAUGGAGCUCAACUAUAUUUGGACCCUUAUAUGCGUUUGAAUACUGCAGAAAAAUCCCUUGUUCCUUCAGGAAUAGCUCUAGGUGCCAUGUUUGGUGGUGCUGUGGCCUUACCAUUCAAUGUUUAUCUGGGAAGGAAACCCACCAUUCUGGUAUCUUCAUUUCUAUACUUUUGUGGUGCUUUGAUUCAGUCACUAUCUUACAACUUUCCAGCACUCAUGUGUGGACGAAUAAUAGUUGGGUUGGGAGCAGGAUGUGGUAAUGCAACCGUUCCUAUGUACAUUGCAGAAUGUUCUCCAAAGCGUCAACGAGGACUUUUGGUUGCCAUUUUCCAACUUUCUUUAUUUCUUGGUCAAUGCUUGGGAUAUAUCUUGGCUGCAGCGUUUGCCUCAGCUUCAGCCAAUUGGCGUCUCAUGUUGGGUUCUGGUAUAGUACCUGCGUUGUUACAGUUUAUUCUCAUGAUAGCUUUACCUGAAAGUCCUCGUUGGAAUCUGAUGAAGAGUCGUCCCAAAGCGUCUUUUCAUUCUUGGUAUUGUAUUCAAGGAUUUGAAGAGGAUUCUCGCUAUGAAUUUUUCAAGAUGAUACAAGAUGUAAAAGACGAAUUGAAAUUUUCACAAAAUAAGAAUUUGGUCAUCGAGUUUAUUCAUGAAGCUCCUAUUCGAAGGAUCUGUGUAGUUGGUUGUGCUAUGAUGUUUAUCCAACAGUUUUCAGGGGCCAAUGCCAUUGGAUAUUAUAUAGGAACUGUGUUUGAAAGCAUUGGGCUUUCUAAAACCAAUGCCAUUUAUGUGAGUUUGGUAGCUGGAGUUGCCAAUGCAGUAUUUUGUAUCCCUGGUCUUUAUUGGAUUGAUCGAGUGGGUAGAAGAAAGCUUAAUCUUUGCACUCUUCCGGGUUUAUCUCUAUCAUUAUUGAUGACUGGCUUAGGUUUCAUUAGCACAAAUCAUCGGACCAAUCUUAUUAUCACAAUCAUUGGAGUUGUCUUUUAUUAUCUUUUUUAUGCCAAUGGAGUGGGCCUAACUCCUUGGGUAGUUGCUACAGAAGUUGGUCCUCUUUAUCUUCGCAAUUCCUAUAUGUGUUUGUUAACUUUCUGCAGUUAUUUGGGAAACUUUGGUAUUAGUUAUACUUUCAACUAUUUGACACAAGGUAUAGGUACAAGUGGUACAUUUGGUUUAUAUGCCGGUUUUGCAUUGGCAGACUUUGUGUUUAUUCUUCUCUUUAUUCCAGAAACCAAACAGAAGAGUUUGGAAGAACUGAAGAUGUUGUUUGAAAUACCAACACGAAUUCGUGUAGUUCGAGAUGUUGGAGGAACUUGGAAUGCAUGGAAGCGUGCGAUGAAAAGAAUGGUAAAGAUGUCAUAAAAAAAGAAUAUUUUUUAUAUCCAUAUUCUAUUCCCUAUACAACAAGGAUUCACCGAGAGAAUAUUUCCUCCAACACAACCAUAAAGCAAAGAUAGCCUAU